AACAGCCUUCACACUGACGUCAUUUCCUUUAGUCGCCCACAGACAUGCCUGCCUGAAGUAAUGCGAGACACUGGGCCACGUUUUGGCUAAGGAUUUGUUUUCAGUUUCUAUUCCUCGUUUGGGUCAAAGUGACACCAACGAAACUGGGAUCGAGGACAAUAAACGUUCACGUCCUUAAAGGCGAGGUGGGAAUCCAACCGUUUCCUCGGGGACUUCUGAUAAUCGAGCUCGUGCGAGUGGCCCGCCAAAAGCAGCCGCAGAUAAGUUCAGAGAGGAUUCCUCCGUUUUGCAUGUUAGCUGUGUUCGAUAUCGUUUUAUUGAUCCACCUGACCAGGAAAUGAGUGGCGGAUUUAACUUCGGGCAGGCCUCUUCGGGCUUUGCUUUCGGAGCUCCAAAGACCACAGCCCCGGCCCAGGCCCCCGCCACCGGCUUCGGAAUGGCAAGCUCCACACCUGCAGCCCCAGGUGGGGGCUUCACGUUCGGCACUGCUGCCCCGGCCGCUGCCAACCCCGCCGGUUCAUUCAGCUUUGGCACCCCGGCGAAGAGCACAGCAGCGACCGGAGGCUUCUCCUUUGGAACCCCUAACGCCACAUUCGGCCUCGGCACGACUCCUCAAGCCACGGCAGCUCCAGGGCUGACUAUGGGCUCCACAGCAGCUCCAGCCGCUGGGUCAGGGUUCGCUUUGGGCACGGGGUUGGCUGCACACCUUACCCCUGCCGCCCCAGCAGGAGGGGGAUUCAGCUUUGGGACUGCAGGUCAAGCUCAAGCUCAACCCCAACCUAUAGCAGCAGCACCUGCACUUGGAUUUGCACCUGCACCUGGACUUGCCCCAGCACCUGGGCCAGCCGCAUUACCUGUAGCAACAGCACCUGGAGGGCUUUCUUUUGGAGGGUUCAGCUUUGGAUCGACCAAAGUGCAGAUGACCUCAGCUCCAGCUCCAGCUCCGGCUCCAGCCCCCGCUGCUGCAGCUGCUGCUGCUGCUGCUGCUGCCACAGGUGGAGGCUUCAGCUUUGGUAGCAGUGCUCCCUCCACCCUCAUCAUGGGCACCCAGCCCCAACCAGCCCCUACUGCUGUAGCCACAACAGGUCCAGGUGGAGGAUUUGCUUUUGGGAUCAAACCCUCAUCCACUCCAGCUCCUCCUGUAGCGACCCAGGCAGCCCUGGCAUCCGCCCCAUCUCUCUUUGCUAUACCUGGCUCCGCAGCAGCAGCAGCUGCUGCCUCAGUUGCUGCUGCGGCUGCAACAGCAACUGCACCAGGUACAGGCUUCUCUAUUGGUAUAGCUCCAACUCCAGCAGCAACCACCGCUGCUGCUGCUGCAGCUGCUGCUGCAACAACCACAGCAGCAGGUGGAAGUCUGGCUUUUAUGCUCAAACCUCUGGGGGCAGCUGCCACCCCCUCUACCCUUGCUUCUGCUGCAGCUGCAGCCCCAGCCCUAGCCCCAGCCCCAACAACAGGAGUUGCUACAGGCUUCACCAUGGGACUCAAACCAGUAACUGGCAUAAGUGCCAUAACAACUGCUGCAGCUACAACCCUUACUACAACCGCUGCUCCACCUGUGAUGACCUACGCCCAGUUAGAGGGUCUCAUUAAUAAGUGGAGUCUGGAGCUUGAAGAUCAAGAGAGACAUUUCCUGCAGCAGGCGACUCAGGUGAAUGCAUGGGACCGCAUGCUGGUGGAGAAUGGGGAGAAGAUCACAGCACUGCACAAGGAGAUGGAGAAGGUGAAGCUGGACCAGAGGAGGCUAAACCAGGAGCUGGAUUUCAUCCUGUCCCAGCAAAAAGAGCUGGAGGACUUGCUGUGCCCGCUGGAGGAGUCGGUGAAAGAGCAGAGCGGAACCAUCUACAUGCAGAACGCGGACGAGGAACGUGAGAGAACAUACAAGCUUGCAGAGAACGUGGACGCACAGCUGAAGAGGAUGUCACAGGACCUGAAGGAGAUAAUCGAGCACCUGAACACAUCCAGCGGUCCUGCAGAUACCAGCGACCCACUUCAGCAGAUCUGUAAAAUCCUCAACACCCACAUGGACUCACUUCAGUGGAUUGAUCAGAACUCAGUUCUCCUGCAGAGACGAGUGGAAGAAGUGUCCAAACUGUGCGACAACCAGCGCAAGGAGCAGGAGAAAACCUUUCGUUUAACAUUUGACUGAGCUGCACUAAGUUCAUUGAAGUGUGAGAUUACAUAAUGCUUAUUUUGAAUAUUUUUCUCUUCGGUCAACAUAAACAUGAAUGUCAUUCAUCCCAACUCCUGUUAAGUUGCUUUUUCUCUUCGGCUGUUUGAGCUCUUUGUGGUUACUUAUAGAUUUAAACUUUUAUAUAGACAAUGAGAAUCUAUUCCUAUGUAAAUCCCUCUGUUCUAGACAGCACAAAUAAAUAAACCUUUUGAUUAAUGCUC